AUGUAAUUAACAACACCCAUCAGAUUAGCCGAAUCCAAUUAUAUUGGAGCACCAAAUGUUUAAAAUUAUCCUCUAUUGAGUUAAACAAAUAAAAGUCCAAAUGUAAGUGCAGCAUCUGGGAAUAAUUCAUCAUAUAAAGCCAAAUCGGAUUAAAAAUAAAAUAAUUAAAUGGUUUCAUCUUCAAAUAAUUAAAUUCUAGAACUUGAUUCAAUUGAACCUAUCUAAAUUCAAUGCGAAAACUGCCAUACCUUUAGUAGUUCAAUUGUUUAUGUGGAAUACACUAUGUAUACUUAUGUGCUUGCUUUUUUAUUGAUUUUAAUAUGUCUUUGUUGGAUUCCCUUUAUACUAAAGAAACAUUUUAUGAAAAUAAGUCACUGUUGCCCAACUUGUGAUCGUUUAAUUGGAGAAUAUGAUUAUUUGGGUUCAAAAUUUAAUAAAUAAUGA